AUGAGUGUGGACCCAGCUUGUCCCCAAAGCCUGCUUGGCCACAAAGCAUCUGAUUCUAGCCAAUCUUCCCCAAUGCCUGAGAUUUAUGGGCCUGAAGAAAAUUAUGCAUCUUUGCAAAUGUCACCUGCUGAGGCCCUCAACACGGAGACGGUCUCUCCUCUUCCUUCCUCCAUGGAUGUGCUUAUUCAGGACAGUCCUGAUUCUUCCACAAGCCCCAGAGGAAAACUACAGCCCACGUCUGCCGAGAAGAGCACAGAGAAGGAAGAGAAGGUCCCGGUCAAGAAACAGAAGAUCAGAACCGUGUUCUCUCAGACCCAGCUGUGUGUGCUCAAUGACAGAUUUCAGAGGCAGAAAUACCUCAGCCUCCAGCAGAUGCAAGAACUUUCCAACAUCCUCAACCUUAGCUACAGAUUCCAGAACCAGAGAAUGAAAUGUAAGAGGUGGCAGAAAAACAACUGGCCAAGGAAUAGCAACAGUGUGACUCAGGGCCCAGCAACUACAGAAUACCCAGGCUUCUAUUCCUACAACCAGGGAUGCCUGGUGAACUCUUCCACAAACCUGCCCAUGUGGGGUAACCAGACCUGGAAUAACCCAACUUGGAGCAACCAGAGCUGGAACAGUCAGCCUUGGAGCAACCACCCCUGGAACAGUCAGACCUGGUGCCCUCAAGCUUGGAAUAACCAGACUUGGAACAAUCAGUUCAACAACUAUGUUGAGGAAUUCCUGCAGCCCCAGAUCCAGUUUCAGCAAAAUUCUCCGGUCAGUGAUUUGGAGGCUACCUUGGAAAAUGCUGGGGAAAGCUAUACCCUAAUACAGCAAACAGCUAAGUAUUUCAGUUCCCAGCAGCAAAUCAUGGAUUUAUUCCCAAAUUAUUCUAUGAACAUACAGCCUGAAGAUUUGUAACGAUGGCUGUGUUAUUCAGCCUUAAUUUCAGCAGUGACUAUAUUCUCUAAAAUUUUUCUUUUAGAAUUAUGUAUCUCUCUGACUUGAUAAGCUGCUUUUCAUUAUGCCUUUUGUGUCAGUUUGGGGGGGUAUGAUUGGAAUCUAAUCAAAGAGGUUUCAGAAGCAUGGGCUUCUACGGACAACAUGAUAAAAGAUGUCUGGCUAUAGAUAACUAGAUUAUAAUACUAUUUUUUGGAUAGCUUUAGGAUCUAGAACCUAAAAAAUACAAACUAUGUGACGAAGGAUUGUUCAUAUUUUCUGGGAUGGGUAGGCUUUACUUGUUAAGAACCUCAGUUGUGUUAAGGUGAAGGGUUAAGCUACAAUGUGCUUUACAGAC